UUGCUAUUUGUCAAUUGUCAAUUGUUUGACAUUUGUUUGGUUGUGAUUCGUAAAUUGUGAUUGACCGACCAAGUAAAGUUGCAGUUAUUUAAAGUGUCUUGGCUUUUUAUUUAAAUAAGAUUUAUGUUUUCAAAUUUUCAUCAUACAGACCUAUCGGUAUAUCAUGAACGAAAAUAGAAACAUUUAGCAUUCUUUUGUGAUGUAAUUGUUUGUUAUCACAAUGAACCCUUACAAGGAUGUGGAGGAAAAUUCUUUCGCUACUUCCUCGCAUUUGUCGUACGAAGACAUAGCUACGAAACUACUUAAGGAUCAUUACUUCCUCACUGCUUUGGAACUGCAUACGGAACUCGUGGAGAGCGGAAAAGAACUACCUCAAUUGAGAGAAUUUUUUUCCAAUCCAGGAAACUUUGAACAACAUGUAUCUCGGCCGACUGAGUUUACAUCUAUGCACCGAACCCCGAGCCAAGCCACUCUGGACUCUCUAGACACUGCUAGAUAUUCAGAAGAUGGUGGCGGUGAUCGUGGAGGCAGUGGUGGAGAUGUUGCUGUACUUGAAUUCGAAUUACGCAAAGCUCGAGAAACUAUUAACGCAUUGAGAGCAAAUCUUACUCAGUUUGCAGAUGGAGAAUCAUCAUUAGACAAAAGUUCAAAAUACUUAUCAGACCAUCAAACUUUAAAACCUCAUGAAAAAAGGGCUUUAAACUUCCUCAUAAAUGAAUAUCUUUUACUCCAGAACUACAAACUUACUUCCAUUACAUUUUCUGAUGAAAAUCCUGACCAGGAAUUUGAAGACUGGGAUGAUGUAGGUCUUAACAUGCCUCGACCAGCUGGGCUGGUAUCUUUAUUUCGAGGAAAGUCCACAUUGAGCCUUCCAAAGUCUGAUGCAUCUACAGAGACAGAUUGGCAACUUAUGGAGAUAGAAUGUCAGACUGAAAUAGAUGAGGGCAAUGUUUGUGUCAGUUGCCAGACUACACUUGUUCAUGAGACUGAUUGGAGUCAUGAACUCCUUAUUCAAGCAGAAGAGAUAGAACUACUUAAGCAAAAAAUAAUCGCCCUUGAAACUGAGAAACUGAACUUCCAAAAACUAUAUGAUGCUGCUAUAGUGAGUUUGAAUUCUCUAACAAGUCCUACAUCUGAGGGCAAAGGACUUGAUCUUAAUAUACCAGAGGAGAAACUUUUGUCUGUCCAGCCACCACUUGACAGGCCAAUCACUUGCACUGCAGCAGAGAAUCAUUAUGGCAGUGGGAAUUCUACGCACAGUGCAACCCCAGAGCAGUUUGAAAUUAUUGAUAAUGAGAAGAAUAGCAUCAGAAAAGAAGGCUCCAAUAUUAGUUCGUUAGAUCCAACAGUACUAGGCGAGCAUAGCACGAGAGAUUCCCCGUUACGCCGCGGCAGUGUCACCACGCUCGACGAAACUCUUAGUAUAAACGACAAUGGGGAGUGGACCCGCGUGCAAUACGAGUACAAUAGCAUUGAUACUAAUAAUAAGGAGAUGUGGAUUGACAGUGGGCUGCCGAAUAGUUUGAAAGUGUCGAUAUUGAACUGGUGCUGCGAGACGCUGAACUUUAACGAACCACUGAAUAAUGACCUUCUGGCUGAAUUAGUGGCGAACGACAAGCCAAUCACACUACCUGGCCUGAUGAUAUUAGCCGCUGAUACUUUGCCAAGGAUUCUGCCGCACACGCUGGUGGCGCGGCGCGGCGAGGCGGCGGCGCUGCUGUGCGCGCUGGCGGCGCUGCUGCCGGGCGGCGGCGAGGGCGCGGAGGGCGCGGGGGGCGCGGCGCGGCGCGCGCGCACGCUGCACGCGCUGCUCACGCUCGUCAAGAAACCGGACCCCGCCGACACCAGGGUCAUCUGCGAAGCGGCGUGCUUUAUAGUCAAAUGGGGCGGUAGCGGCGAAGUACUGUCUUCUAUAGCCGAGUUACUAUCAUCUAAAACGUUGGAGCGGCGCAUACUAGCGAGUCAGAUAUGCAUGGCCAUCGCCCCAUACGUUCCCAUAGAGUUGUGCACUUCCCUACUUCUAAGUCUCGUCGUUUUGAUGUGCGAGUCAAAUGAAUUAGAAAUACGAAUUUUGGGCUUGAGAUCUGCAUGCCUAAUAUGUCCAGUGGCCGAUCAUAAAUACACGCAACUGGAGAACUUAAUGUUCAACUUUUUGAAAGAUCCAGCAGAGAAAUGUGUGAAAGACACCAUUAAUGUGUUUGUUCCGGUGCUGGCGAGGAGUGCUCUCAUGUCAGGAAAGUUCACAUCAGACCUUUGCAGUCGGAUUAUGAAGAACCUAAAGAAAGCUUGUCUAGACAAUGAGUGGAAGAGUGUACUUUUAUAUUUGAACGUGUUUAGAGUGUUAGUGUUGGCCAAACUGGCCUACGUAGUCAAUGUACAAAUAGUUAGGGAUGUUACCAUGACCAACUGUGAUAUGGAAUCAAUUAAUUUACAAGAAGUGCCGUUAGAGGAGCAGUAUUUUAUAGAUUUGCAAUGCUAUAUUACCGACGUUGACGCCAAGAUGUUGUUGGGGGCUUUAAAUAAUUUGAUUAAAGAAAAACCAAAGGUUAGAUGGCCUGAGUUAACAUGGUUUAUUGAUAAUAUAAAACAAAUUUUAGAAGUGACAAAAAAUAUCAAAGUGCUGAAUCACCCGACGGUGUAUGAUAUACUAAUUACACUAUUUAAUAGUUACAUAGAACAUUUCAAUGUGAAUUUUACAAAGUCGAUAUUGAAAUCGAUAUUUGUCGAUAUAAUUGUGGAUCUCGAACAGAAAAUGGAAAAAUUGCACACAAUAAACGUGGACAGCGCUGCGGUUGUCGGAAUUUAUCUAGUUACAGUGUUACCAGCUUUAGAAGAUAAGUCACAGCAUGCCGAGUUUCUGCAAAAAUGGAUUAUGUACAGCAGUAUCCGGGAUCUUCCAGUGAAAAUAUUCUCAAUACCGUUGAAAUGGGUGGCGGAGCACAAACCCGACACGCUCGACUUCUACCUACAACAUCUUAGGGAGUUUGCAGCGAGCAGUUGUGAGAGUUCCAGUGGUAGUUUAAUACGUGUUUAUAUCGCUAACCUUAUCAAUGAAUUAUUGAAUGUUGUUGAGAUUAGCGAGAAAACUAUUGAAAGACAAGUUUUGCCGGCAGUCAUGGCUUUGUUACACGAUGAUGAAGGGUCGGUGCGCGAGGCGGCGCUGGGCGCGUGGGGCAGCACGACGCGCGCGUGCCUGAGCCGCGCGCUGGCGUGCGAGCGCGCGUGCUGGGCGCCGGCGGAGGGCGCGGUGCGCGGCGCGCUGGGCGCCCGCGAGGCCGCGCGCGCCGCCGACGCGCUGGCGCUGCUCGUGCUGCCCACCGCCGGCAGCCGCGCCGUCUCCGAGAACGCGGUGUCGCUGCUGUGCGCCCUGUGCCACAGCGCGUCGUCGGCGGAGUGCGUGUCGGCGCUGACGCCGGGGCUGCAGCUCGCCGCACACCACGCGCGCCACCACCCCGCGCUCGUGCCCGCGCUCAGAAAACUAGAAGAAACCGUGCAGACACCCACAUUAGCGCAGUACAAGCCGGCCAUCGAGGCGCUGCUGCACACGGUGGCGGGCCCCAGCGCCGAAGUAUCGCGCGAGCCGGCGCGCCCCGCCACUAACCUGCACGCCGCGCAGGAGGUAGGCAGGCGAGUCACGCAAAUGUUCCAGCAGUCGAAAACUAACAUGAAUUUACAAAAUAUAUUCAAGAAGAAAACAUAGCUAUCGAUGUAAUGGACGGCGAUAGUACAUAGUGAAAGUAACACCCCGUGAGCUUUAUCAGGGUAAUAAAUCUGUUAAGUGUUUGAUAUUGCAGUGGCCGGGCCAAAGCAUUUUGAAUAUGUUAUAUACAAAAGUGACCAUUGAUCACAAAAUAUAUUAAACGAUGAUUUAGCAAGUUUUACAAUUAAAUAUGAUCAAACAUUAGGUAACCACAUUUUAUGUACACUUCUUCGAACAGUCUUAGUGACAGCGCGCAAUGUAUAUGAAAUUAAUGACGAUCUAUAUUGAAUCAUAAGAUUGGGCAGUUUAAAUUUUAUUUUUUUAUACAACUUCAAGAGGGAAAUGUCGAUAAACCAUGACCUUAUUAGUCUGACCACUCGAAUUAUCGGAAACAGACGUGAUCUACCUGCGUUUAUUUAAGACUCAUAACGCGACUUUUAUUUUUCUUGUGUUUUAAAUCCUUAAUUAUGUCUUUAAAAAGCUCUUACACCAAACAACAUUGAUAUAAACAACAAAAUACUUAAUAAUAUAAUAUUGUUGGAUCAUGGAAGUGAAAAAUACUAGGAAGAAAAUAUAAAAGUUCUAAGAUACAUUUAUUAAGUUAUACACGGCAGGCUUGCCUGUGCCCUGGCACUGCCGACGUCCAUGGGUGACGACGAAACCUAUCAGGUGGGUCGUUAACUGAUUUGCAUUUGAAGGAAAUAAAACAAAACAUCAACUACCCUCUUUACCCAAACAAUUUUAUUGCUUUCAUAAUUGCAUCCUUUUUCAAAAUAACUUUUGGUGUUCUGCAAUAUAUUUUAUUUCCAAAUAAAAAAAAAAUAUCUGCUUCCUCGACAGAAGUGCUUUAUACACCUUUUAGUCGUUAGUAUCAUUUUCAACAGCGAGAUUCUAAACGCAUAAACAAUGUAAAUAUGCGUUAUGUUAAAAGUGUGUUAUGUGUUAACUUAUUUGUAAUAAUUUAUGGUCCAUAAUCGACUAUUAUAUGUAGUUAAUUUUAAGUGGCACUGUAAGGUACUUAUUAAUUUAAUUUAUGUAACACAAAAAUUAUUGAAUAACACGUCGCGCAAGCAGUUUGGUAAUUAGUAAUCUGUUAACAUGUACAAAUUAUACAAUAUCGAAAGGCAUUAUUAAAAAUAAAAACAUUACUAUUUUGGACAAAAAAAGGAAAUAAAUCGAUGUUUAAGUCUAAUGAAAUAUAUCGAUAUCCCCAUUCAUUGACGAAAUAAGUAUAUUCAAGAUAUUUCGAUGUUUAUAUCGACUAUUGGCAUCAAUUUGAAUAAAUAUGCAACUGAGACAUUAAAUCGACAGUUUUUAAAAAUUCGUGUGAAAAUAAUUUAUAAUCAGUCAAGAAAUAAACAUCCAUAAUGAAUUAAUUGUAAUUUUAGACUCGAAUUGAAUUUUUUUACCAGUUAACCCAGUUAAAAGUGAUAAAUUAAAAGAUUUUUAUUGAUUUUUUUUAUUAGGCAUGUAUUAUGUGCAGUCUAAACAUUGUCAAAAGAUUGCAAUUGCAAUUAUUAAAGUCAAUGCAUGCUUGUUGUAGAGUAGAUAAGCAUAUACGCACACUGCGCUAUUUUUAAUCAAAAUUCAUUAACGGCCGUUUUCAAUUAACGAUCCCACAAUCUUAAUUUCCGAUCGAAUCCCCAGAAUAAAUUAAUUUAAAAUGAGCAUGUGUAAGCAUGUCAAACAAACUUUGCACUAAUUGGUCCAGUUUCGCGUUGGAUUGGAAAUGCGAUUCAGUUUACUUAGAAUUUGGAAAAAGAAACACGACACGACUCCGUGUCUUUCCAUUGGGAUUAGUUGAGAUUCUAACACGUGACUGACGCGGUGUUCUUUCGGUCAAUCACAAAUAUCAAAAUCAGACUACAUCAACAUGCGAGUCGCGUUUUUUGGAACAUUUUAAGGGGCUGAUAGUUUAUGAAAAACGGCCUCAAAUAACGAACAAUAUGGACUGGAAAUAAAAAUGCAUUCCGAGGAAUAGUGUGACACGGUUUUUUUAGUUUAGUCAAGUAGGAUAGUACAAAUAUAGUGCAAUACAUGUAAGUGAUUAGAUCCACGGAAAA